CUUGCUAGCAGGUACAUAUAUAGUUUAGUCCUUUUCACAUCAAACAGAGACAAAGUCAAUAUAUUUUGGCAGCAACUGUGAGAUUAAUGAAGCCCUAAAGAAGAAUUUUAUCAUGGCUAGACUAAGCUUUCUCUUCUUUAUUCUCUUCCUUCAUAUAGCACUCACCGCAACACGUUGCAGAGGGAAAUCCCAGCUGCCAGAGAAGCAUGCCAGGGCUGCGGUGGCCUUCUUCCUCUUUGGUGAUUCAUUUCUGGAUGUUGGCAACAACAACUAUGUCAACACCUCAACUCUCGACCAAGCAAAUUUCUGGCCUUAUGGAGAAACUUAUUUCAAGUUUCCCACCGGAAGGUUUUCUGAUGGGCGUUUGGUAUCAGACUUUAUUGCUAAACAUGCAAACUUGCCAUUGAUCCCGCCAUUUCUGCAACCGGGGUUUCGACAAUAUUACCUUGGGGUAAAUUUUGCAUCUGCUGGAGCAGGUGCUCUAGCUGAGACAUUUCAAGGAUUCGUGAUCGAUCUCAAAACACAGCUAAGCUACUACAACAAGGUAGAGAGUUGGUUGAGGCAGAAAUUAGGAAAUGAUGAAGCGAAGAUGACCAUAUCAAGAGCCGUCUACUUGUUUAGCAUUGGGAGCAAUGAUUACAUGAGCCCUUUCUUGACCAAUUCCACUAUCUUAAACAACUACCUUGACUCCACAUAUGUUGGGAUGGUAAUCGGCAACCUUACAACAACCAUUAAAGAAAUAUAUACAAGAGGCGGUCGAAAAUUUGCCUUCAUCAACUUGCCGGAUUUGGGUUGCGUUCCGGGAAUGAGGAUAAUCAAGUCUGAAAACAAUGGCAGCUGCUUGGAGGAAGUAACAUCACUUGCAAACUUACACAACAAAGCCCUUUCCAAGCUCCUCUUUGACUUAGAAAAACGAUUGAAGGGGUUCAAGUAUUCACUUUUUGACUUCAACAGCAAUCUCAGACAAAGAAUGCACCAUCCCUCCAAAUAUGGUUUCAAGGAAGGGGAGGCAGCUUGCUGUGGAACGGGGCAGUAUAGAGGAGUAUUCAGCUGUGGGGGACAAAGGAGAGUGAAGGAAUUUCAGCUUUGUAAGGAUCCCAAUGAUUAUGUGUUUUGGGACUCCUUCCAUCUCACCGAAAAGAUUUACAAACAACUGGCAGAUCAAAUGUGGAGUGGAACAAGCAAUUCUCGUGAUGUUGGACCGUACAAUCUGAGGAAACUAUUCCGGAUUAAUUAAGCAACAGAGAAUUCUUUAAGAGAAGGUCUUAUCCAGAGGCGGAGGGA